GAGGCCAGCUGGAUGGACGGUUCACCUUAGAGAGGUUCUGGUUGGCUGCGAGUCGCCACGGGUCUCGGAGAUGCUGAGAGUCAGUAGCAGCACGUGCGUUUGUUGUGACGGUCCGAACUCCCAGCGUGUCAUUUUUUUACCUGUGUAGGACGGCGCCUCCUUGUGCCCAGCAAGGGAGGCAGACCGACUUAUGGCAGUGAUGAGCGGCGCAAGGACGGCGCAGGUUGUGUCUAGCGUCAGAUGCGUCAAACCAGAUAUGCGCCCAGACUGUGCUGAUUAUCUUGCGAAUGGGACUCUCUGUGAACAUGCCUAGAAAAGCUCUUUGAAUUGCACGGUAGCAGGUGGUCUACGUACGAGAUAAUUCAAUGGUGUAUGUGACAUUGUGAAUAUCCGAGAAUGUGUUGGAACGAAAUUCUCCAUGAAAGCAGAAGGUUGUUCGUGUAGUGGUGGUGGCGGCGGGCUUCGACUUAUUUACAGUGGCGUCGUUAAACCAGCACCCGUCACAUGGGUCCAGGCCGUCAGUGUUACGGAUCGUAUCCGGUUUCCUUAACUAUGAGUACUUCAAGGAGCCCUGGCGCGUAUCGAGAACACGCGUGAUCUAGUCAACUGCAUCCCGUAAUGAAGAACAUUGAACGGGAGUGCUGUAAUGUCAAUGAUUCCUGUGAUGUUCGUCAAUGUGAAAUAUGUACCGCAUAAAGGCUGUAGUAUAGUGUGAAACAUGAAGAAAAUACUGCUGCUUCUGGCACUACAAUUUAUCACGGCUUGGUCAAUAAAUUGGCUGGCACUUCACAGGGGAGGAGCGGAGCGCUGGGGUCACUCUCGCACGUGUACGAACGCACGGCACGUACACGGGUUCACCAGAGGCCAGACUCGUACGUGCAGGAAGCAAGUGGAGGUCAUGCCACACGUAACUCACGCCGCCAUCACCGCUGCCACCACCUGCCAGCGGCUGUUCCAGAGCAGGAGGUGGAACUGCUCGUCCAUCCUCAACGCCCCCGAACACACGCCGGACCUGACAGAAGGCACGAGAGAGCAAGCGGUGGUGUACGCCCUCAGCUCGGCGGCCGUGACGUGGGCGGUGGCGCGGGCGUGUUCGCAGGGCACGCUGUAUGUGUGCGGGUGCGGCAGCGUGCCCCAGGAGCCUCCCAACGGGCUGUUCAAGUGGGGCGGCUGCGGCGACAACGUCAAAUUCGGGGCCAAGUUCGCGAGGGAGUUCGUCGACGCAGGGAACAAGGGCAACGGCGUCUAUAGAGUCAAGCCGCCCAUCUCCCCGCCCUCGCCUCCAGCAAAACCACCCUUGACACCGCCCACUGACCGCCUUCCUCCCCCACAGGCCGGCGAGCGUCUGUACCUCCGCCUACCUCUCCGGCGUGGAAGUCCGGGGCGUCUCCGCGGGGCCCAGACUCCGGCUCCUCCCGGCGUCCUCGGCAGUAGCGCGCUUCUCCCGCGACGACCUGAUUUACGUGACGAAAUCCCCGGAUUACUGCCACCCGGAGCCUCGUCUCGGCUCCCUGGGGACCGUCGGCAG